UGUUAGUGCGCAUUUCUUGUAUCGUAGGCAUCUGUGAGGUGUGGUGCCAUGUCUUUUCAGCCUCGCGAUAAUGAUGACUUGGCUGUGAUUGAAGCGCUGGUUGCAGAUCGUCUGAAUUCGAUCGCAUUUGUCGGAGCUAUUUCCAGGACAUCGACUCAUCCGACCGCCUCUGACGGGUUAACCGAAAUUUCUUUGAAUCCGUCGGGGCCCUCCGUUGACCGAAUCGGAGUUCGUCAAGAUCUGAAAAUUCCAGCUACGUGCGACGGUUUGACUGCCGCUGACGAUGUGAAAUUUUCUGGUGGUUAUGCUGUUAUUCCUGGCAUUUCCACACCUGAUGCUUUUGAUGACCCGAGCUCCUCUUACGUUAUGAAAGACGGCAAGUUUUCAAGAAAAUGGGGGAAAAAAAUUUAUGAAGUCGUGCGAGGUAUUCCUGUUUGUUCCGCAGAAAUCGAAAGCGUGCACUUGCCGAGCAUGCUUCAAAAAUCAGCGGAUCAUGAAAUCUUGGAAGGAAAUGCGCCAUUUGUCAUUCCUGUGGAACAUGCUCAAGGAAGCAUUGCUGAAGUUCGCUCAUAUGGAGUGGAAAAUGGAUUCAUGGCAGAAAGAAUGCUUGAAAAUGCCGGCGUUAGUGCCGAAUCAGAGCCGUUGGAAUGUAGCGAAGGAGCCGCUUUUUCAUCUGUAAACGAUAUCGAGGAUUGGAAUUCCUCUUCUUUCAGAGACAGCUUGUCUUCAGAAGAAGCCAUGGAAGUCGAUACCGUUGUGACAGAAGAAUCUAACCCUGCUAUACAGAGCCGUGUUGAAGAUGGAGAAGGCAUUGUUUCCCAGGAAGCCGGUGCCAGGGAUGUUGUGAUGACAGAAUUCCAUGAACGAAGCGAUAUUUCUAGAAAUGAUAUUGAGUCAGAAACUUGUACGAAAGAGGAUGCUAUUGCAUUGAAAUCAUCUGACCCUGUAUCAAACUCCGAAGAAACCUCUCCUCCCAUAAACCAAAUCCCAUCUCCCAUUGAAACCACUUCGCAAGAGGAUUCCUCCGCCGGUGCAAGUCAGGAAUCAGUUACAGAUCCUAAAUGUGCGGUCAUCGACAACACUUCUGGAUAUGAAGAUCCGGGUUCAAGUGAAAACGUCGCAUCUAUUCCUGAUUUAGAUGAGCCAGACGUCGGGAAACCUUUGGAAGUAGACAUUUCUUCAACGAAUGCAGUUGGGGUUAAUCCACUGGAAGCGGAAAUUUCUCUGAUGACUGGAACAGAUGGCAAACCACAAGAAAUCGAAAUUUUAAUAUCGACUCAGACAGACGGGAAACCUCCUGAAGCGGAAAUUUUACUGACGACCGAAGUAAAUUUGGAGUCCCCCGCGAAAGAAGCCAUUCCUGACGAUUCGCGGAAGUCCAAUAACCCCACUGUCGUAACGCUUGAUUCUGAUUCUGAAGUGUCAGACACUGACGAAAGGACGGCAGCUCCGAACACAGAAGCUGUGGUUUCUUCGCACGUUUCCGCAAUCAAUGGCGAUGACGAAUCCGACAUUCAAAUCCUUUCUGUCGAGUCGUCAGUAAAAGAAGCCUCUGGAUCAGUCAAGAUAGUGCAGCUUGAUUCUUUGCUUCGUGGCACCCUGUCAAAUAAGCGGCCGGUUCCGACGGAAAAUUCUGACGAUGGAAGUGUCGACAGGAAGAAGCAACGCUUGGAAAAAGCUUCCCAAAACGCGGCUACGACAACUUCUGAUGCCUCACUUGAAAAAGAGGCUGAAACUCUGAAAUGUGACAUCGCAUCGUCACGGAGUUUAAUCUUCUGUUCUUACGGAGAAACGAAUAGGUUUUUUGUUGAACCAGCUUCCACAUUGACGAAGAAUGAUCACGUGAUCGAGUCUGCGUCGUUCGUGGUGCCAUUCGUUUAUUGCCGGAAUAUCGAUGACCCAGUUGUCUCUAAAUAUCGCAAGUUGCGGGCUGAGGAAACGAAAGAAUCUGAAGAAAAAAUGUGUGAGGAAAACAUUGACGAUGUGGACGCUGAGCAUCCCGCAAAUAUAGCUCUUCAUCCUAUUCCCAAAAAGAUUAAAGAUGCUGACUGGGACGGUUCCGAUUCGGAAUCCUCCGACUCCGAUAGUUCUACAUCAGACGGAGGCAAAAAGUCGAAGUCGCGAAAAUCUAAUAAAAAGGAAAAAGAAGAUUCCGCAGCAUCCACUCCAAAACCCGAAGAAACUUUUUGGGAGGAUACGCCAAUCAACUCUUUUCUUUUUGACAUUGGUUGGAGUUUAGUUAGUGAACAUGUGUCCAGAUCUAACUUCAAGCGUGAGCUUAGACUGGUAGAUCGUUACGGCGAAGCAGAGGUCCCGAAAGCUGCGAAAGAAGUUUUAAGUAUUAUGAAAGAAGAUGUCACCAAACGUUCGUUGAAGAACAAAUCCUACCGGGAGAAGAGAAAGUAUUACUGUCCGCGAUGCAAUUUUGUAUCGGCGUUCAAGACAAACUUAAUGGCUCACCUCGAAGUUCCGCAUAAGAUUCGCGGAGAUACGAAGAUAGACAGGUGUAACUUUUGUAACUACACUGCCUCGUGCAGAGCGACGUUCAUAUCUCAUGUGAAGAGCACGCAUGGAUCUCGCGUUAGAUUUGAAGAACCGCCUUUUCCGUAUCAAUGUGCAUUUUGUUUUUAUGAAGACCGUCGCUUGACGAACAACUUCAAGAAGCACGUGGAAAAUUGCCAGAAAGCAUUUCGCGCGAAUGCUGCUAGAAGUAACUGCCGAGUUGCCAUUUGCAAAGAUUUCCCUGGGAAAAAUCUUGCUACCCAAGCAUUUGCAACCAAAGCUAUGAAUAGUUCUGGAAACGCUGGCCAUUUCUUAUGUUUUAUUCCCACUGUUGACCAGAAAAGCCAGAACAAUGCUGUUGUUCCUGGCCGAAAUACACAAGCCAUGCAAUCGUCAGGAGUUCGACAGUCAAGACCGAGAGCUUCGUCAGUCGUGCGACAACCAACUUCAUUUGUGUUGAGGGUUCCCUCGCACAUCGUACGACCUCAGCGACCGCUGACUCCUGUGAAUGCUCCACCAAGUCCACGUCCAACGGCUGUUCGUAUGCUCCCACUAGGAAUUGUUCGGUCAAGAUUCUUCAAACAGGCUUCAGGAACCUAUGCGCUAACGUCUUCUGUGGGCUGCGAGAUCUGUGAUACAGUCUUCACGAGUCUGAUGCAGCUGGCAACCCACAUACGAAUUGGACAUCAAAUACCUAUUUACGAAGACUUCGUGCGAGGCCGUGCUUUACCGCCUAUUGAAUGUACUGUGUGUAAGAAUCGUUUCUUCACCGAUGUGGGUUUGGAGCGACACAACUUGGGCAUACAUGGUUUCAUCACACAAGAAAUGAUUGAUCUAGCUUUGUCGUUCCGUGAUAAUGGUCGGUGUCCUCGCUGCAGCAAGUUUAUCGAGCAAGGAUUGCUACAACACAUUUCUUCUGUUCAUAAUAUUCGGCUGACGAAAAUUAUCGUGACCUACUGCUGUCGGUUUUGUCCGCAAGUUCCGGGAGAAAUCUUUCCUUCUUUCGAAGCAUUCGAAGAUCACGUGUAUCGUCGUCACAAUCCGGUGCAGGAGUUCGGAAAUCAGAAUCUCGUCCGUGUCCCCGAGAUUGACUCGAGCCAGUUCUAUGUUGCCCCCAGUGCUGACCGUCUUCGAGAACAAAUAACCGUCGAUUCAAAUCUCAAAAUGAGUGACGAAGGUCCGACGAAACUUGAAAUUCAACAAGUUUUCAAGCGACUGAAAUCCAUAAGUGCGAAUAAGGCAAGUGUUUGUUUUGACUGCAAUGCGAAAAAUCCUACUUGGUCAAGUGUCACGUAUGGAGUGUUCAUCUGCAUGGAUUGCUCUGCUGUACACCGCUCCCUUGGAGUUCAUCUCUCGUUCGUUCGAUCUACGCAGUUAGAUACGAAUUGGUCUUGGGUGCAAAUCAGACACAUGCAGCUUGGCGGAAAUUCGAACGCCGAGAACUUUUUCAUUCAGCACAACUGUAGAACCACCGAUGCUCAGCAGAAAUAUAACUCGAGAGCUGCGCAGCUUUAUCGAGAAAAGCUACAUAAUCAAGCCGUUCAGGCGAUGCGCAUUCACGGGACGGUGCUUCAUAUCGGAGGUUCAAGUGUAAAUUCUGAAGCGCUCUCUCCGGAAGUCAAGGAGAAACAAAUCGAUUUCUUCGAAGAACACACGAACGGUUCGUCAGUUGCAGAGGAGCAGGAUCAAGACGCUUUCUUUGGGUCGCCUGGAUCCGAUUCGGUUUCUGUUCGUCAGACUCAGUCGGCGGAAGAAAAUAUGACUGGUCCUAAUGUCGAUGCAAUUUUUUCGACUUCGUCGUCUAAGGCGGUACCGUUAAAGAAAUCGACAAUCGGUGCGAGAAAGCCUGCUGCGAAAAAAACUGGGUUGGGCGGCAAAAGAGGUGCGAUGGGUGCGCAAAAAGUUCAUACGGAUUUCGCCGCCGUCGAGAAGGAAGCAGAACUAGCAGAUCAGAUCAUGUUUGAAUCCAAGUCUAAGAAGAACGAAGUCGUGAAAGAGUCGACCGUGGAAGACGCGGCCGCAAAGAGAGAGGAGCUAGCAUCAAUGAAAUUGGCUUACGAAACGCUAAGCAAGGAGCAGGAUCGCGCCAGAAUUACGCUGGAUCCUCAGAAAGCAGAGCAAGCGGAACGCCUGGGAAUGGGAUUUGGAGGCUAUGGCUCGUCGUCGUCAGGAGUUAGCCAUUCAGUGUUUUCUGAUCUAAAGACAAUCGAGCAAAAACCGAUUGGAGCUUCAGCCAAAAAAUCGACGAAUCAUUCCAAAGACUUCUUCGCAGUGGAAAGCGAUGAUGACGAUUUUGAGGAUUUGGGCACUAGCUUGAAGUCAAAAUCCCGGGGGUCGUCGUCAUUUUUCGCGGAGCAACUGGGCGAGGAUGAUCCAUGGGACAAAAAGAAAACUUCUAAGCCCAGUUGGGAAAAGGAUUUAGAAGCCCGCACGGGUGCGAUGAAAAUUUCUUCCGGGUAUACCGACUCUUCUGCGCCGUCCCCAAGAGUUUCGAAUCCUUCCACUGCCGUGUCGACUGAAGACACGUUGAAGAAGUUCGCUAAUGCGAAAUCUAUUUCUUCCGAGCAGUUCUUCGGAGAAAAAGAUCCAUCUUAUGAAGAACGGAUGAAUCUUGCUCGAUUUGAAGGAUCAUCGGCCAUUUCGAGCGAUGCUUACUUCGGGAGAGAAUCCCAACCGUCUGGUAGUCGAGGGUAUGCAUCGAGUAUGAAUAUGAAUGCCCCAGAUUUAGACGACGUCAAAGAAAGCGUUCGCCAAGGAGUUACCAAAGUUGCCGGGAAACUUUCCAAUUUGGCGUCUGGUGUCAUGCAGCAAAUUCAGGUCGGUUACUUUCUGUUAUAAUUCACUUGAAAAAUUUAUAAGCAUGUUUUAGAGUUCUGAAGAGAUUUUUGCAUGAUUUGGCGGAAACACAGUUAAAAAAAAAAGAAGGCAUUCUUGGUGAUAAUCUGGGCCAAAUUUCUGGCAUCAGUUUUGUUCAACAGUUUCUAUAAAAAAAAUCAUUGCCGUGUCUGUUUUACUGCAGCAUCUGAGGAAGUGAUGGCAUGUCAACUACCGGGAAAUGCUAUUCGACGAGGGUAAUUAAUGUGUGAAGCGUGGGGUUUCUUAUUACAGUACUGUAUUUCUUGUGGCUGGUGAUACGGUUGUAGGCAUAUUAUUGCGGUGUCCUCACGUGUGGGUUGCGUAAAUGCGAAUUCAUGGGGCUAUUGCUGCUUUUCGUGAGCAAGCGUUCAUUAAAAACUGUGUUUUCAGGAUCGAUAUGGAUAUUGACGUGUGUGCCGGAUCAAUUCCAAAUGAACUGUGGGAGGGUUUCUCAAUUCGUGCUCUAAGCUCGGGAAGGCUAUGCCGCGGAGGAUGUCUUACAGCGUCAUCUUACUUUCUUUUCUUCGCCCAGUGUACGGAUUUCACUUUAGCGCGGUUGAGAUGGUGUGUGUGUUCUGAGUGAUUUUUCUGAAUUCAAAGCAUAAUGGUUUUGCUCUUUUAUUGCAUGAAGAUUUUCUUUGAAUGUUACUGUGCCUCACUUAUUCAGUCUCAAGGAUUAUUUUUUCAAUCAUGUAAUCAAAGGAAAAAUCCAUUUUGCAGCAGUGAUAAAUUGGGUUGCCUCACCUUGCAAGGAUACAAAUGAUCUUUGAGAUGUCUAUCAGGUCGGUGAUGGUUUGGUUUAUUAAGUGAAUGUGUACAGACCUCUUCCUUGCUAGUUACCCGAUUCCGUGGGAAACAUGGCUGAUCCCAUCGAUCGAACUCUUCAAGUUUAUUCGACGUUGGUUGAGGAAUAAGAAUUUUUCACCGGAUUCUGUUGUCAUUCUCUGGUAAACGGAAAUACAUAUAUAGUUCGCUAUAAAUUGCGUGGACAAACGUCCUUUUUGCCUCCUGCGAUUUCAAAUGUAUUAUGAAUCUCCACGCUGAAGUAGGUAACACUUUUGAUAGCGAAUUUCGAAUGAUUCUCCUCAAUUUUUCAGGCUUUACUGUGAAGGGUGAGAAUACUACAUAAACAUUCGGCGGAAUAUGUCUAAUCAUUCAGAGCUUAUGAAGUUUGUGAAGGAGUAUCCUGAUUUCCCGAAACCUGGGAUCACGUUUCGUGAUGUGUUUCCGAUGUUUUCGGAUCCCCAAGCUCUGCAGUCAUUAGUCGACGCAUGUGUCGAUAUAGUGUCCCGUGGUUCUCGUCCAGAUGUUAUUCUUGGCGUUGAAUCCCGAGGAUUUUUGCUUGCACCAUUGAUAGCAUACAAGUUGGGAAUCGGAUUUGCUCCCGUGCGGAAAGUGGGCAAACUGCCUGGUAGAACAGCGUGUGAAUCCUAUGAUUUGGAAUAUGGACAGGAUUCUAUCGAAGUACAGGUGGACAGUUUUAAACCAGGGCAGAACGUUGUCGUACUGGACGACUUGAUCGCAACUGGAGGGACUCUAUCCGCUACAUGCAAGCUGGCUAAGAAGCUUGGCGCAAAUGUGAUAUCAUGUCUAACGAUUGUGGAAUUGAAGGAUCUCGGGGGACGAGCGAAAAUCGACGCGCCAGUUUUUUCGUUAAUUACUUAUUAGAUGUGAUUUUCUAAAGGGAAAGUGAUAUUCAAGAACCGGGUAUUCGUUGGUGUUCGUGCUUUACUAUUCGGUUAUAUUCCGUAAAUGGAUUAACUCAGCGAGUCUGCGAUUAUUUGUGAAUUAAUUGUCCUUCAUCUGCACCCCGUUGUUAUAUUCAGUGUAAUUUACGGAAAAAUCGUUCAUCGAAAUCUCAUGUAAUUAAAUUGAGAUCCUCAAAGGAAUGAAAAUCAGUUUAAGUUCCUCCACGGCUUUUUUCGAGAAGCUUACUCUUACUAGCUAUCUACUACCGUGUCAACGCGUGGCUAUUUCCUGGUUGUAGCUUAAAAUGUUUGAGCAUUUUGUUUUGGGGUGAUGAGCUAUUUUUGCUGAGAUUUAAAAAAGAAUUGGCAUCAUCUUUGUUCUUUUUUGUCCGUAGGCCAUGCAAAUUGUUGUUCUGAAUCAUCUUUGUUUUUUGAAUUAGUCGUUCUAUAUUUUCGGUUUUUAUUUGCCCAUGAACAUAUACGCGUUUCUCUGCUUCGCACCUGGUUUGUGGGGUACUACUGCAGUAGAAACUGCGACAAACUGAAGCGUUUUUAUCCCUGUUUUUAUUGAUUAUUCGAUGGACGAACGAAAAAUGUAUUCCGACGGUUCAAAAUUUUUUUGGGAUUUGAUGCUGUGAAAGAAAAGGUAUUCUUAAAAGUG